AUGUCCUACAACGACGACUACAACGACGAAUACAAAGGCGGCGGCGGUGGCCGCGACGAGUACGGCAACCAAGGCGGUGGCGGCGGCUACGGAGGCGGCGGCGGGCGUGACGACUACGGCGGGCAGCAGCAGGGCGGAGGAGGCGGCGGCUACGGUGGUGGAGGAGGAGGAGGCAUGGGUGAAGAAGGCCGCGGGGGCCAUCACACGCAACAUCGUAGGGAGGAAGGGGAGGGGUACGGGGGCGGUGGUGGGAUGGGUGGUGGAGACGGAUAUGGUGGGCAGGGUGGUGGGAUGGGCGGGGGAGAUGGGUAUGGUGGGCAGGGAGGUGGGAUGGGCGGGAGAGAUGAAUAUGGUGGGCAGGGUGGCAUGGGAGGAGGACGUCAGGAGCAAGGAUACGGCGGCGGAGGCUACGGCGACCAAGCCUCCGGCCGCCUCCCCGGCGCCGGCGGCGACGGCCAGGGAUACCCGGGCGCCCAAACCUCGUACGGCGGCGGCGACGAGGGCCAGUUCGGCGGCACCCUGGCGCACGCGCAGCUGCACGCCGGCGGCUCCGGCGACCCGGCCCUGUUCCAGAACGCCGUGGGCCAUCUGCAGAGCAACCACCAGUCGUACGGCGGACAGGGCGUCGACGAGGGCGCGGCGGUCAAUGCGCAUCAGGCCAUGUACGGCGGCGGCGGCGGCGGGCAGCAGCAAGGCGGGGCGGGGCAUAGCAGCCAGACGGUCGGGGCGGGGGCGGCGAUGCAGGCGUUGAAGAUGUUCACGGGCGGCGGCGGUGGUGGUGGUGGAGGAGGAGGAGGGGGUAUGAUGGGCGGGGGCGGUGGUGGUGGUGGUGCGGGCAUGGGGGCCGGUAGCCAGGGGCAGGGCGGGGGCGGGGGGCAGAACCAGUUCGUCGGCAUGGCCAUGGCGCAGGCGAGUAAGCUCUUCGAUCAGCAGUCCGGCCAGGGCAACCUGCAGCAGGGCGCCAGCAAGCAGAGCGCCGUCACCCAGGCGGGCGAGAUGGCCUUGAAGAUGUACAUGGGCGGCGGUGGGGGCGGGGGCGGGGGCAUGGGUGGCUUGAUGGGCAUGGCGAGUAAAUUCCUGUGA